AUGGCCCCCAUUCUGGACGAGACUUUGUGUGCUGCGGCCGCGCAGACUCUCAACGAGCCGGACGUCACGGUGACCGCCACGGUCUUGCCCAACCGCCCCGAGGGUUGCUAUUUCUACAAGGAGACCGGCACCGCCGACUUCGACGACACCGUCGACGGUCUCUGGCUCUCCAUCAGCGCAGACAACAGGGGCCACGGUGCGGAGCAGUCCGACGUGGGCGCCGGAAUGAUCCGGUCGCCCCUGUGCGCGCCACACUCGGACUGCGGGAUGGUAGACGUGGACAUCGAGUACGAGGGUGUGGCGUACAGCCACAUGGUGCCCAUCCCCAGCGCGGGGGUCUGCUGCGAGAAGUGCCAGGUCGACAGCCGCUGCGGCUCGUGGACCUGGUCGCACAGGGAGCGCGACGACCACGGCGAGGCGUACGUGUGCAGUCUGCUGGAGCCCCAGCAGGACCGUGCAGUGCCGACGAGGCUGCACAGGAAGGGCUUCGUGUCGGGGCUGCCCGUCCGCGACCGCAGGCCCGGCUCGCUCUACUGCGUGGCUCUGAUGCAGCCAGAGGGCUACGAGCUGCCGCUCCUCCAGAUGCAGCACGCCGAGCGUGUGAGCGUCUUUGCCUGCGAGGAGCAUGCUAUCUUCAGCAAUGCCGAGGUCAAGGUGGGCCCAGGGAUUUACACGAAGAUCAUCGAGAGCGACCUCAAGUGCGAGGUCGGAGGUGAUGCAGGCACUGCCCUGAACGCUGGGAUCUUCAUAGUCCUCUGGAGGGCGGUCAUCGACAGCGGCCGCUUUCGAUUCCACGACUGGACAGUCAAAGUGGAUCCUGAUGCCGUCUUUUUCCCAGACCGCCUGCGGGGGCGUUUGCAUGAUGUUGUCGAGGGCGUCAACGGGACUUACAUCAACAACUGCAAGUACGGGCUACACGGCCCGAUCGAGGUCUUCUCCCGGAACGCAAUCGAGCUGUACGGCGAGAAGUACAUGCAGUGCGAGCAGAAGUUUUGGUUCGCUUACUCCCAUUGGGGCGAGGACAUGUACAUGGACCAGUGCCUGGAGAAGGUGCUUGGGGUCGAGCGGGUGGACGAUGUCAGCAUGAUCUGUGAGGACCACUGCGAUUGCCCUGAGUACGUGGACUGCACGAGCGGUGCGGUCACUUUCCACCCGUUCAAGACGGUAGCCGUCUACCGCCAGUGCAUGCUCAACGCUGGCCUGGUGCUCAAGACAUGA